UAGUGUGGUGGUCGGUGGGUUCCGCUUUUAGCUCGACCAAACCGAAAUGCCCGAGCCCCACCACCAUACCCGCCGUGCACGGCUGUGGGUUGAAUUCGUGGCUGUGGUUUCCUGUAUUUUUCUCAGGUGUGCGGAAAAUAUGGUCACAUCUCACCUACCCCUUUCCCUUGCCUAACCCCAAAACCCUCCCCCGCUCUACCCUCCUUGUCCUCUCUCUCUCUCACCUACCCCUUUCCCUUGCCUAACCCCAAACUCCCCCGCUCUACCCUCCUUCUGUCCUCUCUCUCUCUCUCUCUGUUGCGAGUCGUUGCUGAUUCUCGUCGGCAUCGGAAUGGAGGCCAAGCUACUCGGAGUCGCCUCUCCUGCAAUGUAUAGUUUCAACUCAUCAAAGUCCACUCGUCUUCUUCCUCCUCAACUGAAGAGGCAAACAUGUUGCAGCUUUGGAUUCUUCAAUUCCAUGUCGAUGAAGCAUUGUAUGCCAGUUCAAGUCUCUGCAAUUUCAAUCGGAUUGCCAAAGAAAGAAAGGAUUGAUGAAACUGACAGCUACACUCUAGAGGGUAUAAGACAUUCUUUAAUUCGACAAGAAGACAGCAUUAUAUUUUGCCUCUUGGAGAGAUCUCAAUAUUGUUAUAAUGCUGAUACAUAUGACCCUAAUGCAUUCUUGGUGGAUGGAUUCCAUGGCUCUUUGGUGGAUUUCAUGGUCAGAGAAACUGAAAAGCUUCAUGCUCAGGUUGGAAGAUACAAGAGUCCUGAUGAGCACCCUUUCUUCCCAGAUGACAUUCCUGACACAAUGCUGCCACCUCUCCAGUACCCUCAGGUUCUUCAUCCCAUUGCUGAUUCAAUCAAUAUCAACAAUAUAGUGUGGAAAAUGUAUUUCAGAGAUCUUCUUCCAAGACUAGUUAAGGAAGGCAAUGAUGGUAACUGCGGAUCAGCUGCAGUCUGUGACACAAUUUGCUUGCAGGCUCUGUCCAAGAGAAUUCAUUAUGGCAAAUUUGUAGCUGAGGCUAAAUUCCGGGCUUCACCAGAUGAUUAUAAAACUGCCAUUAGAGCACAAGACAAGGCCCUUCUUAUGGAUUUACUGACUUAUCCAGCAGUCGAAGAGGCAAUAAAGAGGAGAGUGGAGAUGAAAGCCAAAACAUAUGGGCAAGAGGUUACUGAUUGUCUAGGGGAUCAAGAUGGAGGUGAUCCAGCAUACAAGAUAAAACCAAGCCUGGUUGCUGAUCUAUACGGAGACUGGAUCAUGCCUUUGACAAAGGAAGUUCAAGUUAAGUACUUGUUAAGAAGGCUUGAUUGAGUCCUGGGGUUUCAUCUGUAUAUAAACCUCUAGGUGUAUUAAUCAUAUGAAUAUGUGACAUAGCUAUUACCAUCAAGAUUUGGUUGUGUGCUGAACAAAUAUUGUUUUUGAGGGAACAGUCUGAAACUUUGUGGGUGUUGUCUCUGCUGUUCUGAUGCAUAAGGUAAUAUCAUUCUGUAAAAAUGGUUUUAUAUUAUCAUCCAUGUUAUUACGGUUCAAAUAGAAGAUGGAUUCUUAUUUGCUGAGGUGAAGAAGUUGGUAUAAGCUGAGCAAUUGUGGAAUCAAUAGUUGAAUAUUGGAAGCAAUCAGUGCUUACUGCUUUGUGAAAAUUUCUAUCUACAUAGUCAACACAUGCUGGAGCAUAUCCAUCUUGCCCUGGAAUGCUGGGCCCACUGUACGUGCAUGCAAGUGCAAUGAAGACAAGGGUUGGUUCCAACUUAAUAUUUUUAGUUGAAUGAGCAAACUUAAAGAGACUUUUUUUCAGUUAAG